AUGACCACUGGUGACAUGCAACAUGAGCUGACAACCUUGGUGAUUAGUCCGUGGCUGGACGGUGUCUCCAACCUCACCGCAUUCGAUAAUGCAUUGAGAGACUAUGUGGCUAACACCUAUGUGACCAACAAAUAUGUGAAUCAGCUCGGGUGCGGCGGUCUCAACAAAAGCGCCCUGAAUGACUAUUAUGCCCAGUAUACGACGAGUGCAAUCUGUAGUGGUCUCGUUCAAAGCUCCAUCAAGGACUGUAAUCUUUCUACCGCCCAGUCAGAACCGCUGUGUGCUGAAACAUGCGCGCUCAUGGCCACUAGCGAGCAAGAGAUCAUGGUCAACAAGCGACUCUGCCCGCAGAUCAACAAGUCUUACAUGAGCGAAAUCCGUUCCGACUUUGCCAUUUGUUCCAAUCCAUCGGAUUCGCUGACGGGGAGCUGUGUCAGGGGAGCUGACAACGAACCUGAAUAUUGUGGUUUCGCAUCCAACACCAUUGGUCUCUGCACAUACUGCGCCUCCAAUUCGCCCAAUUCUACCGACACCUGUUGCUCCAGUUCGCACGCGUCGACACGCUGUAGCGGCGUCAGCAUUCCAAGCUCCAUCGUCACGUUACAGCCCAUCGUGACUUCAACCGUUACUGCUGCGGCAGCAGCAAGUGGUCACGACGGACUCUCCGGAGGUCAGAUUGCUGGUAUUGUGGUCGGAUGCAUCCUAGCUGCUGCUAUCCUCGCUGCACUUUUGGUCCUCCUUUGUCUUCGACGACGCCGCAGGUCCCGAGACAGUACGGUUCUGAACCGACCCAAUCCGCAGCGCAAAGGUAUUUCACAGCAAAUGCAACAAGCCGAGAGCCCCGCGGGGUAUAACCUAGUUCCUGGCGGUCGCGUCGCCCGCAUGUCUGCGUUACGGGAGGUCCCGAGCUCCUCCCCCGUUCACUCGCAGAAGUCACCGGCCAUGGUCAGCACGGCAAAGUACAGCGACACCGACUCCGAGGCAAGAGGGGCGAGUCCGGGGGCUUUCUCUCGUCGAAUUCCUCCGGUGACGGGUAAACGCCAUGGCUCGCUUUCGAGUAGCUCAGCGCUGGCCGGUUUAGAUAGUGACAGCUCGCCUCUCUCAGGCACUGCACAUCAAUUCUCCUCCCCCGAGGGAUUCACUAGUGGUCAAUCCGAGCAACUGUCCUUCUUCCGAGACUAUUACUCCGAGGAUGAUAUCCAGCCUGGCGACAAGGUGGCUGUACUCUGGGCAUACUCGCCCCGGGCUGGCGAUGAAUUUGUGUUGGAUCGAGGUGAGAUGUUGAAGGUGAUUGGUAUCUGGGAUGAUGGGUGGGCGACAGGUGUGCGCCUCACAGAGCGGGCCGAAGAUUUUGAUCUCCGCCAUCGCGAGCAACGUGACAGUGGGGUCUCUAGUGGCUCGCAUCGACCAGCCCCUUCACUAUCACCCACUGGUGAAAUUAAAGCUUUCCCCUUGGUGUGUGUUUGUCUUCCCCAGCAUUGGCGGAAGAUUUUCGAGGGAGGGGUUUCAGAAGAGGAUUGA